AUGGAGCGGAGGGCACUUCAGGAGUCUGGUGCUGCCGCCCCGCCAAUAAUGCCGCCCCAGGACCGCCGUCUUCCAGACACGGAAAACCCCUCCCCUGCUGCCACGCCCACCGUAAGCGACUCGACCCGUUCCUUUAUCGACGGCCGAGGCAAGCGACUCACCCUCGACGAACAACGAGCCCUCGUUCGGAUAUGUGCCGAAUACAUGAUCAACCCCGAUCCCAAAGCGUACCCCAAGAACGUCUGGGUGCUAGUCUCGCAGAAAUUACUGGAGAGGACCCAGCGGAAGUAUUCGUGGCAGUCCUGCCGCCGCUGGAUGUGCCGUCUGGUCUCGGACCGACAGAUGCACUGGGAAGCUGUGGACGAGAAUCGACGACGCAUUCCAAUGAUAGACGAUUUGUUGGCGGCCGAGGUGGACCAGUGGAUGGGAGUCUGUGUGCGGAGUCACGAGCAGUUGAAAACCCCGGAAGCCAUGCUGCAGCGUCGUCUGCAGAAACCGCCGGCACGACAGUCUGCCUAUGAUGCCGAAACCGAGGCCCAGCUGCGAUACAAGCAAGAACGUGUCCUGAAGUGGGUUUCUCUUCUUCCCGAUGACGCACAGGCAUUUGCGGACGAACUGCAAUCCCCGCUGGAGCACAGGCCAUCGACCCCAGACCCCAGAGAGCCUCCACGUCAGGAAACCUUUGACCAAAAAUUAAAAAGGAUGAUGUCUCAGGAUCCGCAAUAUAAAUCAUCGGACUAUUCGAGCGGUUUGGAAGAGGAACUCCUUGCCAGGGACAACGGCACGUUGCGAACCACCAAAAAGAGACUACGUGAAGAGACCGGUGACGACCUGGACUCUCCCCCGUCGAAAUACAUAUCACGUCCCAACGCCGUGAAGGAGCCCAGCAAACUGGGUGAGCUUAGGCUGCACGAGACUCUCAGCACUGCGUGUCGUGGGGAUCUUCAAAAGAGUGCGGCGCAACUGGUGUCCGAAAUACCGAUCCCCAACGCCAGUACCUCGAGGUCCGUUGCGUGGCAGUACCUGACUAUACUAAAACUUGCUACGGAUGCGCUGAUGAAAGCGCACGAUAAAUGCGUUGAUAUUUUUGAGCGCGAUAAGAACAUGACUGAUGAUGAUUUCGAGGACAUGUUCGGUGAAAUCAUCAAGCUCUGGAGCAUCAAUCUUAAGGAAGUAAUCGGUGUCUGGAUGGAAGCUCGAAAUGUGCAGAAUAAGAGAGCUUCUCUCAAUAAAGAUACGGAGCCAGCACAGACUACUGGCAAUUGA